GGCAAAAUGAUGAAGAACGUAGCGAUGGACGCCAAGCUGCGUGGGGCGCAACCCUUCCGCUCGAGCGCUGCUGCCUCAGUGGUUCCGCGUUGCCGGGUAGCAGCCAAAGCAAUCUCCACUUCAUCUCAGAAACAGCAUCACGAUGAAGCCUUAACCGCUCAGCUUGCCCGUCGGGAGCUUCUGCUGUCUGUCGCAGGGCUAGGCCUGGCGACGUGCAUGCCUUCGUCGCCUGUGCAUGCCGGAGAAGAGUUCACCACCUUCCUGGGCUAUGCCACCCCGCCCACCAGCUACGGCGGCUACGGCGGUAACGCCAAGGAGACCCCCAGGUACACCUUCGAGUAUCCCACAGGCUGGAAGGAGGAGGUGCCCAACAAGGUGGAGAAGGGCACUCAGGGUAUUGAUGGCCGCGUGGUGAACCCCCGCAUGCGAGACCAGCGAGCCUUCGUGAUUACGUUGGCUCGCGCGGGUGAGGACAACAAGUCCUUCCGGCUGACCGACCUGGACUCCACCCUCAGCGGCUUUGCGGGGGCCGACUACGACCUUCAGGACGCCCUGUCGAGUGCGACCAACCGGACGACAUCUUCUCGCGAGGUGGACGACAAGACCUUCUACGAUUACGACAUUGAGUCGCCGGAGUACCACUACCUGGUUACUAUCACAGUGUCACAAGGCAAGGUUUUCGGAGUCUUCGUGCGCAGUCCGACCAAGAGCUUCACCGCCAACGAGUCCAAGCUGCGGCACAUCGUGGGCACCUUCCGGUUGCUGUAAGGGACCCUGCAGGCGCACGGUU